GCGGGCGCCGGGCGGAGCCGGAGUCGGAGCCGGGGUGCCUGGAGGCGAUCUGGCCGCACUCUGCGAUCUCAGGGCAGCGCGGACCCCGCGCGGCGAGGGUCGAAGCCGGAGCGCAGUCCCGGAGCUGAGGUGGGCCGAGCGGAGCCGCAGCUUGAGCAGCGGGAGCCGCGCGGAGAGCCUCCCCGGGGACGCCGAGGCCGGGUGGGCCCGAGCCAUGCGCGCCGCUCGCUGAGGCCCAGGGAGGCCGAGAUGGAGGCGCCGGCGGCCGAGCCCCCAGCCCGGGGCUGCGGCCCCGUGCCCGCUCCAGCCUCUGAGAGGAAGAAGAGCCACCGCGCGCCGUCACCGGCCCGGCCCAAGGACGUGGCCGGCUGGUCGCUGGCCAAGGGCCGCCGCGGCCCAGGCUCCGCUGCCGCCGCCGCCUGCAGCGCCGCAUCCUCCGCGCGGCCGGACAAGAAGGGGCGCGCGGUGGCACCCGGGGCACGGGUGGCGGGGCCACGGGUGGCGGGGGUCCGGGCCGGGGUUCGGUCCAAGGGCCGCCCGCGUCCGGGGCCCGGGCCGCGCCCGCCGCCCCCACCACCCAGCCUCACGGACAGUAGCUCUGAGGUGUCGGACUGCGCGUCGGAGGAGGCGCGCUUGCUGGGCCUGGAGCUGGCGCUGAGCAGCGAUGCCGAGUCGGCGGCCGGGGGCCCUGCGGGGGCCAGGCCAGGGCAGCAGCCUCAGCCCGCCCUGGCCGCACAGCAGCAGCAGCCCCCGCGGCCGCCCGCGUCCCCCGAGGAGCCGUCGAUGGCCGCGUCGUCCGCGGGCAGCAGCCGCUUGCCACUGAGCACCUCGCUCGCCUUCUCCGACCUUACGGAGGAGCUGCUGGACUGCGGCCCCAGCGGCUUCGUGCGGGAGCUGGAGGAGCUGCGCUCGGAGAACGACUAUCUCAAGGAUGAGAUCGAGGAGCUGCGGGCCGAGAUGCUGGAGAUGCGUGACGUCUACAUGGAGGAGGAUGUGUAUCAGCUGCAGGAGCUGCGGCAGCAGCUGGACCAGGCCAGCAAGACCUGUCGCAUCCUGCAGUACCGGCUGCGCAAGGCUGAGCGCCGCAGCCUCCGUGCUGCCCAGACGGGCCAGGUGGAUGGCGAGCUCAUCCGUGGCCUGGAGCAGGAUGUCAAGGUCUCCAAGGACAUCUCCAUGCGGCUGCACAAGGAGCUUGAGGUGGUGGAGAAAAAGCGGGCACGGCUGGAGGAGGAGAACGAGGAGCUCCGGCAGCGGCUCAUCGAGACUGAGCUGGCUAAGCAGGUGCUGCAGACGGAGCUGGAGCGGCCCAAAGAGCAUUCCUUGAAGAAAAGAGGAACCCGCUCACUGGGGAAGACGGACAAGAAGCCUUCAGUGCAGGAGGACAGCGCCGACCUCAAGUGCCAGCUGCACUUCGCCAAGGAGGAGUCUGCCCUCAUGUGCAAGAAACUAACGAAGCUGGCCAAGGAGAACGACGGCAUGAAGGAGGAACUGCUCAAGUACCGCUCGCUCUACGGGGACCUGGACGCGGCGCUGUCCGCGGAGGAGCUGGCCGACGCACCGCAUUCGCGCGAGACCGAGCUCAAGGUGCACCUGAAGCUGGUGGAGGAGGAGGCCAACUUGCUGAGCCGCCGCAUAGUGGAGCUGGAGGUGGAGAACCGCGGCCUGCGCGCCGAGAUGGACGACAUGAAGGACCACGGUGGGGGCUGCUCGGGGCCCGAGGCCAGGCUCGCCUUCUCGGCUCUGGGAGGUGGCGGCGAGUGCGGAGAGAGCCUGGCCGAGCUGCGGAGACACCUGCAGUUUGUGGAGGAGGAGGCGGAGCUGCUGCGACGCUCCUCUGCUGAGCUGGAGGACCAGAACAAACUGCUGCUGGGCGAGCUGGCCAAGUACCGCGCAGAGCACGAACUGGACGUGACUAUGUCGGAGGAUAGCUGCUCCGUGCUCAGCGAGCCCUCGCAGGAAGAGCUGGCGGCCGCCAAGCUGCAGAUUGGCGAGCUCAGUGGCAAGGUGAAGAAGCUGCAAUAUGAGAACCGCGUGCUGCUCUCCAACCUGCAGCGCUGUGACCUGGCCUCAUGCCAGAGCACACGGCCCAUGCUGGAGACGGACGCCGAGGCCGGGGACUCGGCCCAGUGUGUGCCCACACCUCCCGGCGAGGUCCCCGAGUCGCAUGCCGGCCGACUCUGCAGAGCGCGGGAGGCCGACGUGCUGCCCGGGCUGCGGGAACAGGCUGCCCUGCUCAGCAAGGCUAUCGACGUGCUGGCAGCAGACGCCAACGGCUUCUCGGCAGGCCUGCGGCUGUGUCUGGACAAUGAGUGUGCCGACCUGCGGCCGCAUGAAGCCCCGGACAACAGUGAGGGUCCCCGCGACGCCAAGCUCCUGCACGCUGUCCUGGUGCGACUGGGCGUGCUGCAGCAGGAGCUCAACGCCUUCACACGAAAGGCGGAUGCAGGCCUGGUUGGCUGCGGCAAGGAACAGCCCGAACCCUUCCCAGGGUCGCCUGCCCUCGGCUCCCAGGGACCCUCCAAGGAGCUUCUUAUAACCAAAGACCUCGGCUCCGACUUCCAGCCGCCUGAUUUCAGGGACCUGCCCGAAUGGGAGCCCCGCAUCCGAGAGGCCUUCCGUGCUGGUGACCUUGACUCCAAGACUGACUCCCACCGGAGCUUUAGGCCUUACCGAGCUGAAGACAAGGACUCCUAUGCCUCCGAGAUCAAGGAGCUGCAGCUGGUGCUGGCCGAGGCCCAUGACAGCCUGCGCGGCCUGCAGGAGCAGCUCUCCCAGGAGCGGCAGCUGCGGAAGGAGGAGGCUGAUAGCUUCAACCAGAAACUGGCCCAGCUGAAGGAGGACCAGCAGAGGGCGCUGCUGAGGCGGGAGUUUGAGCUGCAGAGCCUGAGCCUGCAGCGACGACUGGAGCAGAAGUUCUGGAGCCAGGAGAAGAACAUGCUGGUGCAGGAGUCGCAGCAGUUCAAGCACAACUUCCUGCUGCUCUUCAUGAAGCUCCGGUGGUUCCUCAAGCGCUGGCGGCAGGGCAAGGUCUUACCCGGCGAGGGCGAUGACUUCCUCGAGGUGAAUAGCAUGAAGGAGCUGUACCUGCUGAUGGAGGAGGAAGAGAUCAACUCCCAGCAUUCAGACAACAAGGCCUGCUCGGGGGACAGCUGGACCCAAAACACACCCAACGAGUACAUCAAGACACUGGCCGACAUGAAAGUGACGCUGAAGGAGCUGUGCUGGCUGCUCCGGGACGAGCGCCGUGGCCUCACGGAGCUGCAGCAGCAGUUUGCCAAAGCCAAGGCCACCUGGGAGACCGAGCGGGCAGAGCUCAAGGGUCAUGCCAGCCAGAUGGAGCUGAAGGCCGGGAAGGGUGCUGGAGAGCGGGCAGGGCCUGACUGGAAGGCAGCCCUGCAGAGGGAACGUGAGGAGCAGCAGCACCUGUUGGCCGAGUCCUACAGCGCUGUCAUGGAGCUGACGCGGCAGCUGCAGAUCAGCGAGCGCAACUGGAGCCAGGAGAAGCUGCAGCUGGUGGAGCGGCUGCAGGGUGAGAAGCAGCAGGUGGAGCAGCAGGUGAAGGAACUGCAGAACCGCUUGAGCCAGCUGCAGAAGGCCGCUGACCCCUGGGCCCUGAAACACUCAGAGCUGGAGAAGCAGGACAGCAGCUGGAAGGAGGCACGCAGUGAGAAGAUUCACCACAAGGAGGCGGUCUCUGAAGCUGAGCUCAGUGGAACUGGCUUGAAGAGAACCAAAUCUGUUUCUUCCAUGUCCGAAUUUGAAAGUCUGCUGGACUGCUCCCCCUACCUGGCUGGUGGCGGUGACACACGGGGCAAGAAGCUGCCCAACAGCCCUGCCUUCGGCUUCAUGGGCACAGAGCCUGGGGAGCCCAAGAAAGGCACUCAGGAGAAGCCGGGGCUCUCCACCCGGGACUGCAGCCACCUAGGCCCCCUGGCCUGCCAGGACCCCGCAGGUAAGCAGAUGCAACGCAGCUAUACCUGCCCGGACAAGACGGGCAUUCGCGUGUACUACAGCCCCCCGGUGGCUCGGCGCCUGGGCGUCCCUGUGGUUCAUGAUAAGGAGGGCAAGAUCCUCAUUGAGCCCGGCUUCCUCUUCACCACGGCCAAGCCCAAGGAGUCAGCCGAGGCGGACGGGCUGGCUGAGAGCUCCUACAGCCGGUGGUUGUGCAACUUCUCACGGCAGCGCCUGGACGCAGGUCCCGGCAGUAGCGCUUCCACGGGGGCGGGGCCAGGCUUCCCUGCAGCCCUGCACGACCUGGAGAUGUCUGGCAACAUGAGUGACGACAUGAAGGAGAUCACCAACUGCGUGCGCCAGGCCAUGCGCUCGGGCUCACUGGAGAGGAAGGUGAAGAGCACGUCCAGCCAGACUGGGGGCCUGGCCAGCGUGGGCACACAGACCAUCCGCACAGUCAGCGUAGGCCUGCAGACUGACCCGCCGCGCAGCAGCAGCCUACACGGCAAGAGCUGGUCUCCACGCAGCUCCUCGUUGGCAUCGGUGCGCAGCAAGCAGCUGUCUUCCUCACUGGACAAAGUGCAUGCACGCAUUGAGCGGCCCUGCUGCUCUCCCAAGUACGGCUCCCCCAAGCUGCAGCGGCGCUCCGUGUCCAAGCUGGACAGCACCAAGGACCGCAGCCUGUGGAACCUGCACCAGAGCAAGCAGAACGGCUCAGCCUGGGCGCGCUCCACCACCACGCGUGACAGCCCUGUGCUGCGCAACAUCAACGACGGGCUGUCCAGCCUCUUCAGUGUGGUAGAGCACUCGGGCAGCACCGAGUCCGUCUGGAAACUGGGCAUGGCUGACGUCCGGGCCAAGCCUGAGCCACCCAAGUACGGCCUCGUGCAGGAGUUCUUCCGAAACGUGUGCGGCCGUGCUCCCAGCCCCACCUCGGCUGUGGGGGAUGAAGGUGGUGGCUCCAAGAAGCCGGAGCUCCUGUCCCCUGCCAGCUACCACCAGGCGGACAGCGUAGCCAGGAUCCUGAACAAGAAGACAGUCAAACCAGGCAGCAGCGAGGAGAGGGCCACUCCCCUCCCCUUGCUUGGGAAGGACGGUAUCCCCCGGGAAGGCGACACCGCUACAGGCCUUCCCAAUGAGGACGCUGUGUGUGACUGCAGCGCGCAGUCUCUCACCUCCUGUUUUGCCCGGCCAUCUCGCUCCGCCAUCCGUCACUCUCCCUCCAGGUGCAGGCUGCACCCUGCUGAGUCUGGCUGGGGCGGGGAGGAGAGGUCAGCUCCGCCAAGCGAGUGACCAGGCAGCCAAGCUCCCCGCCUCCGCUGGCUCCCCCUACCCCCACUCCUGGGUGGCAGAAGCAGCAGCAGAGAUGAGGCAGGCAUGGGACUGUACCCUCAGCAUGGCCUGAGCCUAGAGAGAUGGCAGCUGAGUCACUGCCAAGCAACCGUUGUCACAUCAAGGUAACGCGUGCUCUUAGUCUCCAGCUUCCCUGGGUAAGACGGCAAGUGGGAGAGAGACCAGAGCGGCUUGAGAAGCAGUCACACUGCGGGCCUAAGGGAGAGCUUUGCCUGAUUCAUCCAUGCCCGCUACUGGAAAGGCCAGCACCUCUAGCCGUACCUUUGGAGAACAGGGUCCACAGAGAAGAACAGGAUUCGUUUGUGGAGCUUGGCCAGGCAUCCUCACUGUCACCCCUUCUACCACUUGCUCCUUCUCCUGCCCAACCCUUGCUGCUCUAGAUUGCUGGGACUCAGGGGAUAUGAUAGGGCAGUGGUCCAGGGUCCACGUAUCUUCUUAGAAUCCUGGAGCCCUGGAUUUCUCUAUCCAUGCUGUGAUGCAGCAAACCUGGGUAAGGAGGUAGGAAUGGCAGGGCUCAGGGGUGGGGCAGCUAUAGGAAUCCCCUUCCUUGCCAAGGUGAGUGAGGGGCUCUGGUCUUCCCUGAGGAAAGCCAGUUUCACUCAAAACCUGGUGCGUUGAUAAAUGCCUACAUACCCACUGCCUUGAUCCCCGGGGCCCUGGAAGGGCAUCACAUUGCCACCGUGUUUACAUCUUGCAGCUGGUGGCAGGCCAAGGAUGCCCAGUUGGCCAGGCCAGGCCCAGCCUGGGGAGGUACAUGAGGCUGGUGCCCUAGGCCAUAGCCAUUGCCUAGGGCUUGGAAACACAUUUCUUGUUAGGUUGUUUAUUUGCAUUUUUCUUCUUAUAUUUAAGGUGGUUUAUUUUAAUAAUUUAAUUUACCCCGGAGUUCCUAAGGUAAUUUAUUGGUGGUUGAAACAUAUGUCCUUGUUGCUGGGAUAAUGCAGGGCUUCCACAGACAGGAUAUAGAUGAGGCAACUUAGCAGCCGAGCUCUGGUCUCCUGGUUGGUUCAAAAGGGGGCUCAUCAGCCAGAGCGCCCACCACCACACCUGCAGCUGAUCUUAGAGCAUUGCCUGAUACUCAACAGCCCCCAGCAGGGUGGAGACCCAGGUUGGUAUACCCACUCCCCACAUGUUCUCCAUUUCCCAUCUGGUUUUCCUCCCUCCCUCUCACACCUUCCCUUUGUCACAAUGAGUAUGACAUGGAUCAGUAAGACUCCAUCAAGGGCCUGGAAGGUUCUCUCCAUUUCCUGGUGAGAACUUGCAGGAAAAUGGGACUGAACAUCAAGAAUGUUGUUUACUGCAGCUUUGCACACGAGUCUGAACGUCCACCAUCUGCCUCGCUUCUCUUCUGCCUGCCAGCCUCUUCACCAGCCUCUCCUCUUGGCCUUGUCGCCUCCCACAGCUCCCUACCCUUGCCUCUAUCCCGCUGGUGCUGCCUAAGCCUUCAAAAGGAUUACGGUGUGGCUCAUGGCACUGGGACCAGUGAGCCAUUGGGCUGUCACCCUGCCAAUACCCACACAGACGUGCAGCUGGGGACCCACUGCUUGUCUGCAGGGUUCUCAGGGGCUUUGUCAGUUUGCCACCGGGACUCAGGAGAUACUUUCAUACUUCCUCCUUCCACCUGCCAGUUCCAAGCCUCACCUUUGUGGGGUCACCUGCUACCCAGAGUCCUCCAUUUCCAUUCUGCAUCAACAACACACCAGAGGCCUGCCAGACCUGCCAGCUGCGUCCUCAUACCCUGGUGACUUAGGGGGCUCAGCAGGCCAGCCCAUGGAGUCAUGGGUCAGGUCCCUUCUGGGGCAAUGCUGCUCCCAACCAUGCAGUCAAGGAGGUCCCUCAAUGUCACCUUCACGUGAGGGAUUCACCCCAAGCCACAAGCCGCCAGAAGCCUUCUGCCAACUCCUAGAGCCGCAAGGUCUGGGGAGCAUCCACGGUCAGCCCUGGGCAGAAAUCCAUGUGAGCCUGAACCCUGUGGCUCGGGGACCACUCAGCCUUACCAUCGUCCUCGUGUGGGGUCAUCCUGCGGUCUUUGUCUCAGUUCCAGCCCCCCAGUCCCCAGCCUGUGCCCGAGGCUGCAGAGCCAGGUCUGGUCUUCACUUCCUGUUCGCCGCUGGGCCAGGCCACACUCCUGCAGAAGCCUCUGGCUGGGGACUUCUCGGGGAUGACCGUGUUCCUUGUAAAUAUUGGUUUGGUUUGGUUUUUUAGCCUUUUACUUGGUAACUGGUUGUGUUUUUCUUUUUAGGGGUGGGGGAGGGUUGGUUUGUAAAAAGUCUACUCUUUUGGAAUGUAAUUUCUUAAUUUGUUUGUCUCUUCCACUGCCUUUUAAGUCUUGGUAACAUUCCCAAAGCAGAAAACUGCCUGACCCGUGGUGGGGCUCGCCCUGGAGGACUGGGGUCCUGGGAAGGAACGCUGCCCUCCCUCCUCUCUUCCCCUUGCUGCUCAUCCUCCACCUUUUCCUGCCAGCCCCUCUGGCUCCUCCCUCGGACUCUUUUCCUCUCUCCUUCCUCCUCCUCUAAUUUCCACUGUGUUCAGUCAACAUCCCAAGGAGCCCUGGGGUCCCAGCUCCCUACAGACCACUUGGCUUGGAUACAUGUAGUCAGCACCAGUUAAUUGCGAAGAAAAGGGGGACCGAUUGGCAAAGCUGACCCUCCGCUGGGAAGCUUCAUGUGUCUCAUGUUUGACUUCUUCCCAGAGCCAAGUUAGAACCCUUCUGGGGACAGCAAUGACUGCGCCUGACACGAAGAUCCCAACCCUCCGCUGUAAGGCCUGUAUGCACAGGACAUUAGAAUCCAGUUCCUACCUCUCAGUUCCUUCCCACCCCUACCCAGCCCUUGUCCUUCCCAGGAACACUCCCUUACUAGCUGGCUUCCUAGGUGAGAGCAUUGAGGGCCCAAGGACUUGACCCUUGUACACCCUGGUGCCAGCAUGCCUCUACCAUGCCCAUUCCCGUAUUCUUCCCCUGCUUUCAUCACAGACAGUAUCUGACUCUUACCCUUGUCACCACAACCCUCUCCAUCACCCCCACCCCAUCCCCUCGCCAAACUCCUGCUAUCUUUUUGCUAACAAGAAUCCCCUAUACAUCUUACCUAAGGCAUUUACUGUUUAGAAAUCACCUGCUCUUCCUACUUCCCCUUCAGAUCUCCCAGCAACACCUCUGCAAGGUAACCUUGGCAGGACAGUGGUUGGCACUCCCAUUUUGCAUAGGAGGAAAAUACUCAACUAUGGAGUCACAGAGUGGAGCUCAGAACUUGCUUCUGCAGUUUCCCCCAGCCCAAGUCUAUCUUAUUUUACUGUGCCACUGCCACACUGGGGGCUUUCUGUGGACACAGGAUGCCCAGAAUAUGGUACCACACAACCGAGACAUAAGGCAAGCCCACCCCAAGUCACUGCACCUGUGUCUUCCAGAGAGCGGUCAGAAGACCACUUACAUGGUAGUCCUCUGAGGACAUGUCCAAAAUGCAGCUCCUUGGACUCCCACUCAGCCUUCUGAACCAGGAAUCUGUAUGUGGAACAUGCGGGUGAGGGGAUGGUAAGUGUGCUUAAGGGCCCUUGACCCCAUUGUUUGUGUUCAGAACCCUGACCAAGAGGGUCUUUCAUUAUUAUAUAUGAUGCCAACAACAAAUCAAAUGCCAGCAACAGCCGAGCUGUCGAAGCCAGGAAGCAGGGACCCAACUUAAGUCUCAUAUGGGUGACAGCAACCAACUACUUCAGCUAUCACUGCUAUCUCCCAGGAUCCAUAUUGUUAGGAAACUGGAGAGCUGUAGAGAGCAUUGAACUCAGGCGUCGGGCAUCCCAACCCACACCUUCACUGUGAGAACCAACUCCCGCCUGUAGACCACCAUUCUGUUUACCAAGGACCAUGAGGCUAGCUCUUCCCUCUUACAAAGAGCACCAAGUUCUCCACUGCUACUUAGGGAAUCCGGCCCUCCACCCAACUGUCCUUUUUUAAAAAUGCAUCUAUCCUGAGAAUUUCCAAAAAGCAUCAAGGACAGUUUACAAUUUGAAUCAUACAUGUUUUUAACAAGACAACAAAAAGUUUAAAAAAAAAAAAAACAGAUAAAUUAUUCACUGAAUGCACCUGUGUGAUUCCUGUCCUCAGCCCAUCCACUUUCACUCUUGAGUUUCCUAGCAGCCAUGAGAAAAAGAGAAACACCCAUAUUCUGCUACUGUCCCCUUUCCUUAAGAACCAAACUGUCCUGCCGGUUUCUAGCCUGUGUCCUUUCAAAGGCUGCCAAGCUAGCCGGUGCUUUAGCAGGUGACCGUAAGAUGCAAGAAUUUUUUCUCCAGGUGACUCUUUUAAAAAUCACAAGCUGCCUCCGAUGUGGGUGACUGUGGCUUCAGUCUCCCCAGCUGUAAAGUGGGGAUCCAGUUGUCUUCUACCUCACGUGGCUGUGCUGAGGACCAAACACAAUAUCGUGCCUGCAGGUCUACCUGGAACAAUGCAAGUGCGAAGGCAAUGCAAAGCUGAGCUAGCCUGAGCUUCCCUUCCGUCUCCUGGCAUCCCCUGAAUAAUCCAAUGCCCUUGUUUUUUUUCAUUGUGCCAAAAUAUACACAUGUAUGAUUUCAAUUACUUUUAAGUGGCAGGUUAAGUCUAUUCACAAUGUUGUAAAACCAUCACCACUCCAUUCCCAGAACUUGUUUUUAAUCUUCCCAAAUUGCAGUAGACCUCCCCCACCCCACGUUUCCUAGCUCCUGAUGGCUUCAGUCCCGUUUCUUCCACGAAUCAGCCUAUUCCAGGUACCUCCUGGAGGCAAACUCACAUUGACAUUUGCUUGCCCCUUUGUGUCGAACGCCCUCGUGGCUUCAGAGAAUCAGGCCCAGAGCAGGGAAUGGUUCCCUUAAGACCACACAGCAAACUGGGAGUGCAGCCAAGGGCUGACGCAAGGUUCCUAGCUGCAACAGAUUCUGCUUUCCCAGUGGCGAAUGAGAUACCCCCUCCCCAUCCCCUGACUUUCUCUGAGGGGGCUGAACCCCUUCUCUGUUCAGCUUGCUCCCUACCCCCCAACCCCUCUGUCAUUGCAUUCCUACCUCCUCUUGUCUGGUCCCUGUCAUCUCAUGGGGUGGCCAUUGGCUAUGUUUUCCUCUCCUGGGCCCCUGGACACCUGCCCCAGCUCACCGCCUCCUUGGAUUUUCUGUCACUUCGGCACCCCUCCCUGUGCCCCUAGCCCACAUUUCCAGCCUAUCAGCGCAGUGCCCUAUCUGUGGUCUCCCGGAUCCUGUAUCCACUCAGAUCUAGUGGGCUUCAGGGUGCUGGUUGCUUUAUUUUGUGUCAUUACACACCAGGGAGACCUCUUUGCCCAUGUCAGGAGGCCCCAGUCUUGCCAGACCUUUCUCUGGACUUGUCCUGGCCUGGCACCCCCACCACACUGCCAGACCCACCCUGGAACACUCUGUCAUCUCCAUUCACAGCAGUCUCCCUGGGGCCUGCCCUCUCCUCCCCCACUGCCCUGAUGGCUUUGGUUGUCACACAGGUGCAGCCUGACUUGCCUCUUUGUCCAUCUGUCUGUCCAUUGCACUUCCAGCCAACUCCUCCAUUCUCCCUUUGGGCUCCUCACCUGCAGAAUAGUUUAUCCCGGCUCCUGGCUGUGGCUCUUCUCGGCACUACACUUCACACUUUGUAGUAUCCACAGACCCAGGAGGGACUGUGGAUGUGGUACUGGGCCUGAGUCACUGGCUCAGGGCUCCAUCCCACAAGCUGCCCUCCCUCAAUCUUUCAGAAGCUUCUCUUCCCUCUGUCCAUCAGCGGUGUCUCCCACCCCUCCUGCUUGUCACCAGCUGCCUGGACGCCAGGCCUCCAUGGAGCUUUGGUUUCCUCUGAACGCCCUCGCGGGGCUCCGCUAAGGCCUUCGGGCCUGGCUACUUUGUUCGACUCCCUUCUGGAGACUGGCCUAUAACUAGGCAGGUCUCUAACUUCUCUGACCCUGCUAGUUUCAGGAUCCAAUGGUGAGCAUCAGGAUGACCUAAGGACCCCAGAGCACCCUUCAUUCUUGGGCUCCUAUAGCCCCACCAUCCCUUCUGCCUCUGGGCCCUGGUAUCCUAGCUCCUUAGUUCUGCUACUGAUCUCUGUGCCUUAGUCUACUUGUUCGCACAGGGGGAGCUCU